ACUCACCUUCUCUUGCUCCACAUAUUCACCUCUCUAGCUACAAAGCUUGCUCUGCAACAAUGGCUGCAGGUGGUGCUUCUCUUCUUGCUACUGUCGUUGUUUUCUCCAUGCUGAGCACGUCUUCCCUGGGUGCCCCGAGGCCUUUAUGCAGCGAGUGCGAGACGCAAUGCCCUACCAGCUGUCAGGGGGAGGCUGAAACCUUCUGCAGUGGCUACUGCCGCCGCGGCGGAGGCCUUCAGGAGGGCUGCCGGAGAUCCGUCUUUGAGGACUGCACCGUAAAGGGUACCUGCUGCAGUAGCGACGGCACAUGCACUUGCGACUGCAACACUGUGGCUGAAAGGAGUUGCAUCAGCAUCAGCGACGGCACCCUACAAUGUGAACCUUGCAAGCGCAGCAUAUCCGACCAGUGCGGUUCCACCUGUAGGAAUGACUGCAACAAGAACUGCAAGAAGAAAGGGUGCCGCCAUGCCUAGGAAUAACAUGUAGUCGACCCGCUGCCUUGCAUAAGAAAUAACAUGGCUCGCUGUAGUCGUGCGUAGACUUUUGUAACAGCCAUGACCUCGUUCUGUGGGAUGGCAUAGAAUGAAUUAAUGGGAUUUGCAUUCUGUUUAUCUAUACUGAAUAAUAAUAUGAAAAAGGGAAGAAAUUUCACAAA